GGUUGAUGGAAAAACGUGAUUACAGAGUCACAUAAACAGCAGACAAUAACAUCGAUCAUGUUGAAAGUCGCCUAGAUAUUUAUUGCAAAGAUUUCAGUGAAAAUGAAGCUAUGGGGAUUUGGAUGUACCAAGCAAACAUUAAUUACUUUGAAUGCCAUGUAUAUAAUUGUUGGCUUAAUCUUGAUUAUAUUGCCCGUGUACUCAAAAUUUAGUGAAUUUAUAACAAGUUGGCCAAUUACUGGUGGAGCAAUAGCUAGUGGUGUUUUUCUCAUGCUCAUUGCUAUUGUUGGAAUAUAUGGGACAGUACGUCAUAAUCAAAUUUUGCUGUUUUUUUAUAUGGUGAUAAUGAUUAUUGUAUUCAUAUUGCUUUUUGCAUUCUCAUGUGCUGCCCUUGCAGUAACUCGUCAAUAUGAGCACAGGUUAUUAAGCCACGGUUGGAAUAACUUGAACAAUAAGACAAAAGCAAGUUGGGAAAAAUUUGGUAAUUGCUGUGGCUUUGAUAACGACAACAAAACUCGCCCAUGUCAUGGGAAAAGUAAAGCACAGCGUCCCAAAUGUUGCAAUAAAACAAGUUGUGAGAAGUGCCCACCUUGCUAUUCUUAUCUUCUUUCUCAUGGACUUAACGUUAUCAAAAAUGGCAUUGGUGGAGUGGGAUUAUUCUUUAGUUUUACCUUGUUCAUAGGUGUAGUGAUGGCUUUCAGAUACAGAAAUUUAAAAGAUCCUCGCGCUAAUCCAAGCGCUUUCUUGUAACCCAUGAUCAACCGCCAUACGUUGAACUUCCUUGUCACAAGGUGCGAAUGUCAGUCAUACAGAAUCGUUACAUAAAGACAUGAUUUUUCUUUUAGAGUCUGUGCGAACUAUUUAAAAAUAAUACGAAAUUUACUCAAUUUUAAUUUAAUUAUGACGCUAUAUGUAUGAUGUAAUGAAACAUUGCAAAGGUAUUUCUUUGUUGUAUUAAUUUGGAUGUCGAAAUGGUUUUAGUUUUAGUCAUAUGAAUCAAUAAUACCGAUAUAUUUUAUAAAUAUCCAAAAUUAAAUUGCAUUGAUAACUUUGCCAAAUAUACGUAUACAUAAAUUCA